AUGUCGUCUUCCGGCUCGACGCGAGACCUUCACAGGGCCAUACAAGCGUCAUUGGCCUCGCCCAAGCUACCUCUAUCCGAUGAAGUCAUACGUACCCUCGACGCGUACCUCGAUAAACACCCUGAUCACGACCAGGCUACGUCCGACCGCCUGCACGAGGACCUGCUCACGACCUUUUCGCAGUCUGUACAUAACAAGCAGUCUGUCCACUAUGCGUGCUUCCUAGCCAUUUUGCGGCAGCUGCGACCAGCCAUCCGGUCAACGACGUAUCUUCUGCAGUGGUGGGAAAAGCUGAUUGAGCCUGUGUUUGACCAUCUUGGUGACGAGAGAGGCCCUUCGGGCGAGGUGCUGUCUGAUGUUGGGCAGUUUUUGUUUCCAGACGACGACGACGCCGACAGCGACGAGGGCAACGGUGGUGCCCAGGACACCAACAAAGAGGUUGCAUCGUAUGCUCUUGGACUGCGACUGCUACAGAAAUGGAUGGACGUGUACCACAUUGUUUUGACUCAGGGGUACAGCUCGGGCUGGACCAAGGAGCAGCCCAUGCAAGAGGUCCUUCUUCUCUUUGGCAAGAGAAAGCCAAAGGAAUUCUUCCACGUCCUCAACGAUUUUUUUGUCCAAAAAUUCUACCGUACCCGCUCGAUCAGCCUCCUCUCUGAACUGAUUCGGAGCCAGCCACCACACCUCUACCUCAUCAUCAAGUCGCCGCUGUUCGAGAGCCUCCUACGCUGCCUCCAGAAGGACACGUCGACGACCGUUGUGUCCCUGGCAUUGACGUGCCUGACGAUGUUGCUGCCGAACAUGCCAGGCUCCAUCGUGCCCUACCUUCCCACCCUCUUCAAUAUUUACGCACGUAUCCUCUUCUGGGACCGGGAACAGCCCGUCGCCGACGACCUCGGAACUAUGGCUAGUCCAUCGGAGCAAAGCUCUUCCUCCCAAGUUUGGGAGAAGUGCACCUUCACACCGGAGAUUGACCGCCUCGCCAUCCCACACCUCCUUGGCUACUUCAAUAUUCUGUACGGGCUGUACCCGCUCAACUUUAUGGACUACAUCCGCAAACCACAACGCUACCUCCGUCAUGCGAACGCCAGAGACACGGAUGACGUGGAGGUGCAGCCUUCGGAGAUUCGUGACCGGUCUGAAAAGUACCGUCAGUGCCACAUGCUGCACCCCAACUUUUAUAGCUUGACGAUCGAAUCGGAGAAAACCGAUUUUGGAAGGUGGAUGAAGAGUGCCACAGCUGAUGUUGUGGCUGAAUGUGUCUCUCUGCAUAUAUCGGUCGACGAGCGACACGCUCUUCGGAAUGACAGUAUCACACAGCGCAACCUGUUGAGGGACCAAUUCCCCUCCCUCUUGAACAGAAGCUCGGCCUUACCAGCGGCCAGUGACGUUGCCGACGAGGAGACUGCGCCCAAUCAGAUUGUUCCUAAUGCGGAACGGCAUUCCGCAUCGACAGGCCUUGCCUCUGUGUCAACAAGCAGCCGAGACCCUUCGGCCAUUAUGCGGCGGGCGUCGCAAUGCAGCCAAUCCUCCGACAUUCAAAGGCGGGACAGCACGACCGACAGCCCGACCCUGGGCCCAUUGCUCUCAAUGACGACGUCGCGUACAGAUGUUCAGGAUGGGAGCGACUCCACAAGAGCCGCCAAGCUAAGCAUCUACCAGAGUCAAGCCAACGACAGCGUGCAGUCGUUGUCGCUGAGUCACCAGGAGUCGAUCCCUGAACGGCUCGCAUCGCCAUCCAAGGUAUCUCUGCGCCAACCCUCCUUGGCUGCGCCUUCUCCCCUCCACCAGCUGGACAAUGUCGACGAUGUCGAGGCUGGCAAGAACGCAGAGGCCAGCGAGGAUACCCUGAUGGAGAUGCGUCGGCAAAUUCUCUUGUCGAAAAACGACCUGAACUUUGAGCGCUAUAUGGUCCAGCAGCACCUGGCACACAUUGGCGCGCUACGCCGCAGCAAUGUCCGCGAGGCCGUGACGGAGGCCGAGACCCAGCGGCUGAUUAUCGCCAACCGGACACUGAAGCAGCGCCUCGAAGAGGCUAAGAAGGCCGAGGCGCAGGUCAAAAAGGAAGCCGAAAUGAGCCGCAACAUGUCAAGAAAUUGGGGCGACUCGCUCGCCAGAAAGGUCAAGAAACUGAGCGAGGAGCACAAGGCCUGGAAAGCCGAAGAAGAGAGCCUGCGGCGCGAACUCAAAGUGGCCCAGCAGGAGAGUGCGCGAUUGCUUGCGGUCGUGUGCGAGAUGGAAGUGCGCGAGCUCAAGGCCAAACAAGACAUGCAGAUGCUCGAGAGCGCCGCAGCGGAGAUGAACAAGCUCAAGGAAGAGGUCAAAACAAUGGAAGCCGCUAAGCGACAGCGCCAAAAGCUAGAGACACAACUGGAGCAGACGCAAGACGAGGUGACCCAAAUGGAGGGCGCGCUGAAACUGCUGCAAAUGAAGCUCGAGGCGCGCGAGUCUGACCUUGCCCAGACACGGACCUACUACCAACACCAGGUGGUUGCCCUCAGCACCAAGCUCGGCAAGGCCCUGGGUGAAGGAGAAGAUCCUGGGAACGGCGUCAACAUCUCGGAAACGCGCGCACAGGUCGACAACGCAUUGGCGGCCAGCCGAGCAAAAUAUAUGGACCUGCAGAAGAAGUACGCGUGGCUCAUGCGCCGCUACACGCUUCUCGAAUCAAAGAGACUUGAGCUCGGCACGAGCCCACCGUGCGACGAGCCGAACUACGGUGCGCAGUCUGCCGCCCUAUCAGACCCGGAGUUGGACAAUACCAGCACACAGCGGUCCCACCCUAUCGCCGUGCGCGGUAGCGUCGGUGGUGGCACACAUCGGCACCGCCAGCGCGUGGCAUCGGACGCCGGCUUGUUCGACGCCCCAUCACCGGGAAGUACCUGGCCCGCACAAAUGUCGGCCAGCAUCGGAUCCGCCGUUUCAUCGCCAAGCACCGUCGUCAGGCGCCCGUCUACGCCAUCAGGGCCCCAUCCAAGCGGUGAAGUAAGGGGCGAGUCACCCGGCAGUACGAGCCCACAGGCCGAGAGAUACUAUGGCAGAGGCGGUGUCCAGAACACACUUCGCAAAGAGCGCAAGGAUAGCAAAAGGAGCGAUGAGCCCGGGGACAAGAGGGACAAGAAGCCCAAUCUAUCAGGCAUCCGGGGCAUCCGCGGACUUGUAUAA